UGCAAACCCUAUUCCCUGCCCCAGCUCCCUCUUUCUCUCUGUACCUGGCGAUAGGUUUAUCGACGGGAUCUCGGUGUUUUUUUCUUCGCCCAACUCUCUGCUGUUGCUAAAGUUUAUUGUUUUUCUCCCCUUAGCGAUCAUCAUGGGUAAGGAGAAGGUUCACAUAAACAUCGUGGUCAUCGGUCACGUCGACUCUGGUAAGUCGACGACCACCGGUCACCUUAUAUACAAGCUUGGAGGUAUCGACAAGCGUGUUAUCGAGAGGUUCGAGAAGGAGGCCGCUGAGAUGAACAAGAGGUCAUUCAAGUACGCCUGGGUGCUUGACAAGCUCAAGGCUGAGCGUGAGCGUGGUAUCACCAUUGAUAUUGCCCUGUGGAAAUUCGAGACCACAAAGUACUACUGCACUGUCAUCGAUGCUCCCGGGCAUCGUGACUUCAUCAAGAACAUGAUCACUGGAACUUCCCAGGCCGAUUGUGCCGUCCUUAUCAUCGACUCCACCACUGGUGGUUUUGAGGCUGGUAUCUCCAAGGAUGGCCAGACCCGUGAGCACGCUCUCCUUGCUUUCACCCUUGGUGUCAAGCAAAUGAUCUGCUGCUGUAACAAGAUGGAUGCCACCACCCCCAAGUACUCCAAGGCAAGGUAUGAUGAAAUUGUGAAAGAAGUGUCCUCCUAUCUGAAGAAGGUGGGUUACAACCCUGAUAAAAUCCCCUUCGUUCCCAUCUCCGGUUUCGAGGGUGACAACAUGAUUGAGAGGUCGACCAACCUCGACUGGUACAAGGGCCCAACCCUCCUUGAUGCUCUGGACAUGAUCAAUGAGCCCAAGAGGCCCUCAGACAAGCCCCUCCGUCUCCCACUCCAGGAUGUCUACAAGAUCGGUGGUAUUGGAACUGUUCCAGUGGGUCGUGUUGAGACUGGUAUCCUCAAGUCCGGUAUGGUCGUCACCUUUGGUCCCACUGGAUUGACCACUGAAGUCAAGUCUGUUGAGAUGCACCACGAGACUCUCCAGGAGGCCCUUCCCGGUGACAACGUCGGUUUCAACGUGAAGAACGUUGCCGUCAAGGAUCUCAAGCGUGGUUAUGUUGCCUCGAACUCCAAGGAAGAUCCUGCCAAGGAGGCUGCCAGCUUCACCUCCCAGGUUAUCAUCAUGAACCAUCCUGGGCAGAUCGGAAAUGGAUACGCCCCUGUUCUGGACUGCCACACUUCCCACAUUGCUGUCAAGUUUGCCGAGCUACUUACCAAGAUCGACAGGCGAUCCGGUAAGGAGCUUGAGAAGGAGCCCAAGUUCUUGAAGAACGGCGAUGCCGGGCUUGUUAAGAUGAUUCCCACAAAGCCCAUGGUGGUUGAGACCUUCUCUGAGUACCCUCCACUCGGUCGUUUUGCUGUGAGAGACAUGCGUCAGACGGUGGCAGUCGGAGUCAUCAAGAGUGUCGAUAAGAAGGACCCAUCUGGUGCCAAGGUCACCAAGUCCGCUGCCAAGAAGUCUGGCAAGUGAACCGUGCGGUCAUUGGUUCAAUUGGAUGCUGGGGAAGAGAAUUAUUAUGUGUGUCGUAAGGACCUUUUACGUUUUAGUAUCAUCAUUAUAGUUGGAUGUUUUAUUGGUCGUUUUGAUGGUAGGAAUAUUCUGUUAUCACCUUCAUCGGGUGGUCAAUCGCAGAAUUGGGUGCUUGACAGGCGGUGGCGGAAGAAUUAAUACGCUGUUAUUGAGUCUAUUUUGUCUUUCUGUGCUGUUUUGAUGUUUUGAAGUUGGAGAGACUUGAAAUUUCCUCAGUAGUAACUCAUGAUCUCAUCGAGAAUUUAUAGUUGGUCAUGGCUCCUUCUUUAUA